AUGGAAGACUAUUAUUCCAAAGGUGUUGCUAAGAUUCCUCAAGCCAUACUAGAUGUUGCAAGUAAAGGCAUCCAUACAGAAAGAAUAACUCAAGAAGAGGCUCUUUCAACAGCUAAAAUGAUAUGGGAGAAGUACCACUAUAUCAUCUGUCCUCACACUGCUGUAGGAGUUGCUGGAGCUACCAAAGCAGAUCCUUCUUUUUCAUCGACACUAUCAGUCUGUCUAGCUACUGCAACAGCUGCAAAAUUUCCUGAUUUUGUUCAUCUCAUUGGAGACAAUGUACCAAUACCUAGUCAUCCUUGUGUUGAUAAUUUAAAAGAGACAACUCAAGAGGAAGCUCAGUCAACACAAUCCUCAAUAGACAGUCCUCCUACAAAAACUGUUGAGAUCUCAGCCAAUGGAGAACUCAGAAAGGUCAAUCUUAUUGUAUUGUACCCUAAACACAGUAUCAGCACACUGCAAAGACUACAGAUGACAACUGUUCAGUCACCAAAUAUCAGGACCUUUUCCUGUGACAAUGCUUCAGAUAGUUUCGAUAACAUGAUCAUUGAUAUUUUCAAUGAUCAGAACUUUGCUAAGAAGCACAACAUGCUGUGGGUCAACAGUCCUAAUGUAGGACGUCUUGUGUGUCAUACUGUACAUCACAUUUACACAUAUCUGAAGUUAUGUCCGAGUUGUGAUAACGAUGUCACUUUUUAUAUACCUUCUGGAGCAUUGGUUGAUUCAACCAGUGCUUACCUGUCACAAUGUAUGGGUGUCCCUGUUAAAGUAGUAUCUGUAGUCAACGAGAAUGACUUCUUUCACAAGUGCCUCACUCAGGGUUACCUCUACAAACCAUUGAAUGUUAUUAAUACACCAUCAUGUUCCAUGGACACAGUGUUCCCACACAAUAUUGAACGCAUCCUGUUCUUACUUGCUAAAGGUGAUGCUACACUUGUCAAGUCUAUUAUGGAAGACUAUCAUUCCAAAGGUGUUGCUAAGAUUCCUCAAACCAUACUAGAUGUUGCAAGUAAAGGCAUUCAUACAGAAAGAAUAACUCAAGAAGAGGCUCUUACAACAGCUAAAAUGAUAUGGGAGAAGUACCACUAUAUCCAUAUCUGUCCUCACACUGCUGUAGGAGUUGCUGGAGCUACCAAAGCAGAUCCUUCUUUUUCAUUGACACUAUCAGUCUGUCUAGCUACUGCAACAGCUGCAAAAUUCCUGAUUUUGUUCAUCUCAUUGGAGAUAAUGUACCAAUACCUAGUCAUCCUUGUGUUGAUAAUUUAA